CUCUUUUUCUCUCUCUUCACCAAAACACUUUCCCUCCUUUUCCACCUCUUCCACUUCUCUCUCUAAAAAAUUCUCACCAUUUUCGCUCAAACAAUCCAUUGGAAUGUGGUGAUUUUUUGUUUACUGCUUUGCUUCUUCUGCAAAACUAUGCUACCGAGCUUUGUUACAAUGGAAUUUUUCCUCAUUUUUCUGCUUAUUAUUGCAUGAGGGAGAUUGCGCUGGAUAUUUCCUUGAGAAUUUUUGAUCACCUGUAAAGAAUCCAAACAAUUGCAAGUAUGUUCUCGUGUAAGCCUUAUGAGGUUGACUCUGAUAUGCCCAUUUUUGCGGAUGAACCUGUGGGUUUGGAGCAUUUUUUGGUAGAACCUCUUCGUAAAGAGGAUUGGGUUGGUGAUCUUCUUGAUUUGGAUGCAUUCCAAAUUGAGAAAUGCUUCAAUAUGGAAGAUAUAUCAGGCACUUUUGAUUAUGAUCAGAAUCAGAUAAAACUUGAUGCUGAUACUGUUCACCCUAUGUCUCCUAAAGGAUCCGAAAAAAACUCAGAGUUGUCUUCUGACAAGUUUCAAGACGUCAAUACUAAAGUUCACGAGGAGUAUCAUAUUGAUACUACACUUACUGAUAAAGCUUGCAACUUUGAUUAUGGAAACUGCAAAGAAAUGGGAACUGGUGGAGUAGAAAACCAAUUCCAAGGUUUCCAUAGAAGCGGCUCUGGUAAUAAGAUGGUGGACUUAUCCUCUACAAAUACUCCUGUUUUAGAAUAUGGAAACAACCAUCAUUCUUCUUUGCUUGACCAAGGCAGAGCCAAAGAAUUACACGAUACCUAUAACAUGUCUGGACGAGAACCAUUUAUGGAAAAGAGUUGGCCGAAGAAAGAUAACUUGUAUGAUUUUUCAGACUAUGCGGAGUUGGAUAGUAGUAUGAACCUUGUGAAAGUUGAGGCAACUUCUAAUGUAAAUGAAGGCGAAACUACAUUCUCAUCCCUUGUCGUGUACUCUGGAAGUGUCACUGGCCAUGUAACAAGACUGUUGCAUGACGAAAGGAGUUCAGAAAACCAGCAAAUGAAGAGGAAGAGGGUAGAUGGCUGUGAAUCUUUGAAGACCUCCACUUCUGCAGUUAAAGUUGAAAUGUGUUCCUUAGACGAAGGAGAUCAAGCAGGACUUCUAGUCUCACCAAAGAGAGCAAGAAAGCCACCUAAGAGAUAUAUUGAGGAAUCUCUGAAUUACGAUUCAAGAUCUCAUCAUAGAAAAUGUGGGAUAGGCAGAAAGUUGAAGGAUAGGAUUCUGCAUGAUGGGUAUCAAAAGUACAAGUGGCAUCAGAAGGAAUUUCAUGCAGAAGUAUUUGAAGAUGAUUCUUUCAAUGGAGGGUGCAUUCAAGUUCCUUUCGGUCUUCCGAUGGAAAAAGAGCACUCGAAGAAAAAUAAAUACAUUCUGGGCUCUGAAUCUACAAAGGAUAACGGAUUGGUGGAUCAAAACGAGAAACAUGAUACAGAGCGUUAUUCGGUGGACUCCCAGGAUGAGAUUUCGGAGGAUGAGUGUGUACUAAGGAGUUCUACUCAAAAGGCCAACACUCGUAGAAAGCGUCACAUAUCAUGGACUCCGGAGGAAGUGGUGAAGUUAGUUGAAGGUGUUUCUCAGUGUGGAGUGGGAAGAUGGACUGAGAUAAAGAGAUUACUAUUUUCGUCUUCUUCACACCGUACAUCUGUAGAUCUCAAGGACAAAUGGCGGAAUUUGUUGAGGGCUAGCUGUACUCAAUUGCAUAUCAAGGAAAAGGUUGAGCAAAGUCGAAAGCAAGCAUCGAGCAAUUAUGUACCAGAUUCUAUUCUGUGUCGUGUUAGGGAGUUGGCUGUUGUCUAUCCAUAUCCAAGAGAAAACCGGUCGAAAGAUUCUUGCACCGUUCCAGCAGUCUCAUCCUUUUCUACCGGCUCCUCUAACGCAUUAGUCCCAUUAUCAACCGUUGUCUAAGGAGCAAAGAAAGUCUGCGCGAGUAGUCCUUGAACAACACUUACAACACACGUCACGGCCUCACGGGUAUACCAUGCUAACCUGAAUCUAAAAAGCAAGAAAGUAAAAAAGUCUGUCAAUAUUUUAUAAAUUGGUGUUUUAGUUAUAGAUCUUAGAUGAUGACCCCUUUUUUUGUUAAUCUUGUAGUAGUAGAGAGCUAAGUAUGCAUCAAUUAACAUCAAAUUAAUAUGUAGAAAUUAUUAACCUUUGAUUCUUUUAAUGCUUUUGAGUUUUCUUAAAAAAGAGUAUUUUGUUUUCUUUAAACAUGGAUUCUAUCAAUCUGCACUAGGCAAUAUAGUUUCUUUUCUUAUGUAUAAAAAAGAAAAAUUGCAGUCUUAGUUGGACUUUUUUUU